UCUCUCUCUCAAAUCGAGAGAGAUUUCGCCAGAAAUUGUUCGCGCUGUGUUUCUUCUUCGCCAUUUUCUUCCCAGAAAUUGCUCCAAGAGAUAAUGAGCUCACAAGUCAGGAGAGAUCGUCGAGAAAGGUCAAGAUUCACUACUCCAAAUGCUCAGAAAACAUGGGUGCCAAAAGAAACUUCAUCUACCUCGGUGGUGGUUAACGAGACUUCUUUUCCUCUGAAUACAAAUACAAAUUCUGGAAGCUUUGAUGCUGGACUCCAUUCUAAUUAUCCGAACCAAAGAAGUAGUGUCCUGGGCCCUCCUCCUUUAAGCCGCCAAAGGAGGAAUCAUGCUGCGAGAUCUGUUCCAGAAAACCACCAGAGAGGUCGUUCUAGGGGUCGCUUGGGUCAGACUGUGAAUAAGGGAAAAAUGCCGAAUAAAAACAGGAAUGGGGAUAUAGAGAGUACUGUGUUGACAGACCCAAAUCUGCCUCAACUUGUGCAAGAGAUACAGGAUAAGCUAAUGAAGAGCUCUAUUGAGUGUAUGAUUUGUUAUGACAUGGUUAGACGGUCUGCUAAUAUCUGGUCUUGCUCCAGUUGUUACUCCAUUUUCCAUCUGGAAUGUAUUAAGAAAUGGGCCAGAGCACCGACUUCGAUUGAUUUGCUGGCGGAUAAAAAUCAAGGUAGUAAUUGGAGAUGUCCAGGUUGUCAGUCUGUUCAGUUGACAUCGUCAAAGGAGAUUAUGUAUCGAUGCUUUUGUGGAAAGAGGAAAGACCCACCAAGUGAUCCAUAUCUGACUCCUCACUCUUGUGGAGAUCCAUGUAGGAAGCCGCUGGAGAAAGAGUUUGCAACAGGUGAGAUGGCAAAAGGAAAUAAUUGUCCUCAUGUUUGUGUAUUGCAGUGUCAUCCUGGUCCAUGCCCUCCGUGUAAGGCGUUUGUCCCACCUCGUAGUUGUCCUUGUGGGAAGAAGAUGAUCUGGACUAGAUGCUCUGAACGAAAAUCUGAUCUUACUUGUGAGCAGAGUUGCGGAAAGCUUCUCAAUUGUGGUCGUCAUCAAUGUGAAAGGGCAUGUCAUAUUGGGGAAUGUGAUCCUUGUCAGGUACCAGUCAACGCCUCCUGCUUUUGUAAGAAAACUAUAGAGAAUGUCCUUUGCGGCGAUAUGAAUGUUAAGGGAGAGGUUAAAGCAGAAGAUGGUGUGUUUUCAUGCAAUUUGAACUGUGAAAAAGACCUUGAGUGUGGUAAUCAUUCUUGCCCUGAGGUUUGCCACCCUGGGCCUUGUGGGGACUGUGAUUUUAGGCCCAGUAGAAUUAAGACAUGUUAUUGUGGGAAAACGGGUUUGCAAGAGGAGAGGUGGAGUUGCCUUGAUCCGAUUCCUUCUUGCUCAAAUAUUUGCAGCAAGCGUCUUCCUUGUGGGCUGCAUAACUGCAGUGAGACGUGCCAUGCAGGUGAUUGUCCGCCUUGUUUAGUUCAAGUCAGGCAGAAAUGCCGGUGCGGUUCAACAUCUCGAACUGUGGAAUGCUACAAAACAGUUUCAGACAUGGAGGAGUUCAUUUGUGCCAAACCAUGUGGCCGUAAGAAAAACUGCGGGAGGCAUAGGUGUAAUGAGCGUUGCUGCCCUCUGUUGAACCACCCUAAGAAUGCUGAUCUGUCUGAUGAUUCUGGUCUGCACCUUUGCCAAAUACCUUGCGGGAAGAGGCUAAGGUGCGAACAGCAUUCCUGUGAAACUCUCUGUCACUGUGGCCAUUGUCAUCCUUGUCUCGAGAUGAUUUUCACAGAUCUUGCAUGUGCAUGUGGGAAAACUUCGAUACCUCCGCCGUUACCAUGUGGGACUCCUGUCCCGAGUUGUCAGCUUCUGUGCUCGGUUCCGCAGCCUUGUGGGCAUUCCGCUACACAUGAUUACCAUUUCGGGGAUUGUUUGCCUUGUUCAGUGCCUGUGGAGAAGAAAUGCAUUGGCGGUCACGUUGUUCUCAGGAACAUACCUUGUGGGUUAAAAGACAUCAGGUGUAACAAAAUCUGCGGAAAGACAAGACGUUGUGGCAUGCAUGCUUGUGCCAGGACUUGUCACCCUGAACCUUGUGGCAACGGCGAUCAAGAAUCUCAAGCUGGUCUGCGUGUUACUUGUGGACAGACUUGCGGUGCUCCCAGAAGAGACUGCAGACACACUUGUGCAGCGCUGUGCAAUCCUUCUAGGCCUUGUCCUGAUCAGAGAUGUGAGUUUCCACUCAAAAUAACUUGCUCAUGUGGUCGCAUAACAGCUACAGUCCCUUGUGACGCUGGAGGAGGAAGUGCUGCUGGUUUUAACGGUGACUCUGUCUACGAAACUUCCAUUUUGCAUAAGCUUCCGGUGCCGCUUCAACCUGUUGAGUUAAAUGGAAAAAGGAUCCCUCUUGGGCAGAGAAAGCUUACUUGUGAUGAAGAGUGCGCUAAGCUAGAGCGUAAACGGGUUCUUCAAGAUGCAUUUGAUAUCACGCCUCCAAAUCUAGACCCUUUACAUUUUGGUGAGAAUUCCACCUUGACUGAGAUCAUUUCUGAUCUUUAUAGACGUUACCCUAACUGGGUGCUAGCAGUUGAGGAGCGGUGCAAAUUCCUGGUGCUUGGAAAGGCCAGAGGUAGCACAAGUAGUGCCCUAAAGCUCCAUAUCUUCUGCCCUAUGGAAAAGGAUAAAAGAGAAGCGGUUCGGUUGAUAGCUGAGAGGUGGAAUCUCGCUGUUAGCAACGCAGGGUGGGAACCAAAACGCUUUAUCGUGGUUUACGUUACACAGAAGUCGAAACCCCCGACUAGGAUCAUCGGAGUCAAGGGAGUUGUAUCAGCAGGUGGGCCACACUCACCUGCCUUUGAUCCACUAGUUGAUAUGGAUCCUCGGCUCGUGGUUAGUUUUCUUGAUCUCCCGAGGGAAGCUAACAUCAGCGCCUUGGUGUUGAGAUUUGGAGGCGAAUGCGAGCUUGUUUGGCUCAAUGACAAGAAUGCAUUAGCAGUGUUCCACGAUCCUGCUCGAGCAGCAACUGCCAUGAGAAGGCUUGAUCACGGAUCUGUGUACCAAGGAGCUGUUGUCUUUGUACAGAACCCGAGGCAAUCUCCUUCGCUUAGUAACGCAUGGGGAAUACAGGACGGUUCAGUUAAAGAAGUUCAGAGAGGAAACCCGUGGAAUAAGGCUGUGAGUAACAAGUCUGAUGCAAAUUCCUCCACUGGAGGGUCUGUGUGGAAAUCAACAAAGGAUAACAAAUUGAUCGCUCCUUUAGGCAACCGUUGGAGCGUUCUUGAGCGCAAGAAGGCUGUUUCGUUGGAGCCUCUAGCUCAGACCGAAGGGACAAAUAGUUCAAAAGCUGCUGGUAAACAACCGGAAGAGACCCAAGUGGUUGAUGACUGGGACAAAGUAUGCGACUGAUAGUAAGAAGAUUAAGAAGACUAAACGCCAAUGAAGCU